AUGGGAUUGCCCCUCAGGAUGAACGACAUACACGUUCCGACAGUGCCGUCAGGCCCGGCUAGUAACUCGACGACGGCCAACGGUCGUUCCGGCCGUCUCACCUUCUCAGAGCUCCAGAAAAAGAAGGAUGGCGUGGAGGCUGAACUAAAAGCUCUCGGCGCAGUCCUUGACUCUCAUGGAGCCGACAUGAAUACCCCCCUCACAACUCGAGAUGGCUUCCCGAGAUCAGACAUCGAUGUUGCUCAAGUACGUACCACGAGAGCUCGUAUCAUUCACCUGCGGAACGAUUACAAAGAUCUUAUGAUCAUGAUUGAGAAGCAUCUUCAUGAGCACUUUGCUUGCUCACAAGAGGACGAUGGGUCUGAAGCCCAGCCUGCGGGAAGUGCUGGUUUUCUGACGAAUCACUCUACGCCUCAACCGCUUGAAGAGCCCUUCGCUAUGGUCAACAGCGUUGUAUCGGGAAGUCCAGCUGAGGCAGCAGGUCUGAAGCCAGCCGAUGAAAUCCGCAAUUUUGGAUAUGUUAACCGCUCAAACCAUGAUAAUCUAAAGAAGGUAGCUGAGUGUGUUCAAGGGAAUGAAGAGCAACCGAUAUCGGUCAGAGUAUCGCGGCCUAGUUCCGGCGCGCGUCAGGAACUGCAGCUCACAUUAACGCCAAGGCGCAACUGGGGUGGCAGAGGUCUCUUGGGUUGUCAUAUCCUGCCUCUCCAAUGA